AUGCUGAUCUUGUUUUAUUUGCUGCUGAGUCUCACAUUGGGCCGAUGGAAACAGAAUCAGAUCUUCGAGACGAAGUCUGUUGGUGUUGGAGAUGAUGCGACUUUGACGUGUUCCCGGCAGAAAUCUGGGCUCAGAACAACCUUGUUUUGGAUCCGACUUGUUUCUGGAACCAUCCCUGAAUUUUUGGGAGGAACAUACUCAUUUGACUAUGAUGGUGUUAAUAAGACUCCUCGCAUUACAACAAAACAAGAGCCUGGGACAUUUAUCCUGCAUAUUAAUGAAGCAAAGCUAAGCGAUACUGGAGUUUACUACUGUAUAAACGUAAACAGCUUUGAAAUGACACUUCUGAUCAAUUCUGAGUCAUUUCUGAGAAUUGAAGAACCAGAACCUGAUAUCACCGCCAUCAUUCAAGACAUUCACUCUGAUCCAGUCAUUCCAGGAGACUCAGUGACUCUGCAGUGUUCAGUCCUCUCCGACUCAGAGAAUAAAACCUGUCCAGGAGGACACAGUGUGUUCUGGUUUGUGUGCUGUUUCAGAGCUGGAUCACAUCAGUGUCACCCAAGUUUUAAUUAUACUGAUGGAAACCGCGUUGAAGAACAUGAAAAGAACCCUGACGGACUCUCACAGAAGAAAUGUGUCUACAGCUUCUACAAGAACGGCAGUUCGUCUGAUGCCGGGACAUGUUUCUGUGCUGCUGCCACAUGUGAGGAGACAUUUUCCAUUUUCAACGAUUCAAAACUCAACACUGAAGACGAGGACUCACUGGUUUAUUCUGCACCAACCUUCACCAGCAGGAAAACCAGCAAGGGAGGGACGAGGGACGCAAAAACAGACGAGGAAGAGAGCAUCUACACCGAUGUCCGGGCUUGUGGACUCGAGUCUGAAAACCGGACUUGA